UUGAGGGCAAAUUCCUGCUUUCUUGUGCUCUGAUUGCCCGCGGCACCUCACUGUGCUCUGUGAUUGGCUGCUACGAGUUGUGCCGCCAUCUCCAUUUUGCUGUUUCCUGCUUGCCUAUUGUGUUUAAUUGCAUCUUUCCAUCUUAGCAGGUGUUACACAGAUAACCACGUCAACACACUUAUAUAAACACGUACACCCACAUGCUUGUGUGUAGUGUUUUUAUACACUACAAAUUUUUCUUGUCCUUCUAAUUUUUCCCAGGGGUUGUAUAUUUUCCUUGUGCAUUUUUAUUUACAUUGGACUGUUUUACAGUUACCGGUGUGUCGCUUUUGGGCUGUCUGGUGUGUGCUGUGUGUUUCUGGUGUGAAUAGUGUCAACCCUGGACCUGAUGAUCCCUUGGCAGUGCCUUCUGCAUGUGCCCUGUGCCUAACUUGCUGACAGCUGCUGCAACAACUCAUUACUCGUGCAAGCCUGCACUGCACACCACUUCUACAAGCCCAAGCCUACAUCUGCACAAAAAAUUUGAUGCAUCUUCCAGAAACAGCUCUCCACUGCACCAUCAACAAAAAUAUGUCAUCAAACAAGACAGAAUAAAGAAUUACAUGUCAGUAUCCACUCUAAAGGUCCUACAAACAACUACUGAACAAAAGGAUCUGCAGAUUCAGGCCUAAAAGGAGUUGUAGCUGUGCCAGAAGGAGAGGCUGCAGGGUACAAAGCCAACUGUGUUGGCUCACCUCAAAACACUGGAAGAGAAUCAGUAGCUGAUGGUAAACCUACUGCAAUCUGUAGCUUGUGCUAUAGGGUCAGGAGGGGAUAAUGUGAAAGAUGUGUUGCCAGCUCUAGUAUGCAGUUUAGAGGAGCUGGAUGACCUGUGCACUAAACUGGUUGAUGAAACAUUGAAAAGGAAAUUGACACUGUAUUUGUCAUCUUUAGGAGGGCACAACCUUGGAGACACAGUUCAUAGGAUUUUUAAAAGGCUUGGGAGCAAUGGUGUGUGGUCACAAUACAGCUUAAAGAGAAGGAAAGGAAAGCUAGCAUUUACUGAUCUUCCUAUCUGCAAAGUUGUCAACCGAGCAUACUUAAGAUACUUCACUGUGGCAAAAUUAUCUGAAGAAGAAUGUGAAAUUAGAGAGACCCUAAAGCAUGCAACUAAAAGAAAAGGUGCCCCAAAGUACAAGGAACCUGAGCCUAAGAGGCCUAUGAGACACAAGUGUUUAGUACAAGAGUCAUCAGAUUCUGAUGACUAGGCACAGUUGAAAUAAGGACAGAUGCCAAGGUGUACAGUACCCCAGGAGCCCCCCUACAGUAUGAGGCAUUCCACCUGCACACUCCUGUCCUCAUUCUUCCAACUCUGUCUCCCACAUGACCAUCAUUUCCUACCUGUUGCUGCUCAAUGUGGUAAAUGGGGGUGAGCAAGGAAGCCAGUGCUAAUUCUACCUCACAUCAAAGUUUCAUUGAUUUCUCUCUUCUCAUGUACUAAGUGAAAUUUAUUUUCUUUUUAAAACUUAUUAUAUAUUUUUUUUUAUUUUAAUUUAUUUUUAUACUACUACCAGAAGAGGCCUUUCAUUACCAUGCACUGGAAGACUCUCUCUCUCUCUCUCUCUCUCUCUCUCUCUCUCUCUCUCUCUCUCUCUCUCUCUCUCUCUAAAUUAGAGAUGUUCUUUUUCCUGAAAGUUUUUGUUUUGCCUGUGCCUUACCUAGUGUCCCUACUUUUCAAAAUGUGGCUAUCAAUUAAUGGCAUUUGAUAAAGAAUAUAUCUGCAGCAGGAAGGUACAGUUCAGUAAUAAGAAUAUCAGUCAUCCCUUUCCUAAACAAUUGAGCAAACUCUCAUUUGCAUGUCUAACACUUCCUGAAACACUUGCAUAAUUAGGCAGUAACAAAAUACAUUAUUACAUUUAUUCUGAAUAUCUGUGACUCACAACCAGUUCAAAAGUAAAGAAUAAGAAAAAUAGUAAUAAAGCACAUAGUAGAUAUCUUAAAUCUUUGUAUUCUCAUACUUUUUAUAACUAAUGAUGUCCCUGAAUUUUUGACAGUUGUAAUUAUUUUUAUUAUUGCCUAAUUAUGGAACAGUGUUUUAGAAAGCAUUGGACAUGCAAAUGAGAAUUUGCUCCACAGUUAAGGAAAGGGAUGAUUGAUAUUAAUUUAUCUGAAUUGCAUAUGCUUUACCUUUUCAAUGUUGGUCUUUAAUUUUCAACACUGAUAUGCUUUACUUAACCCCAGGGUGUAAGGUGUUUAUUCUUACUGGAUGAAUAUUAUUAUGCAGAAAAUGUUAGUUAUAUAUAUAAAAGAUGGAAUUUUUGUUAUAUAAUUAUGGCUUACAAGGAAUGUACUAUUUUUGUUGAUAUAUGUGAAAUGUAUUAUCUUUGUUAAUAAUAUAUAAUAAUAUAUGGCCUUUCUGGAAUAUACAGUUUUUGUUAUUACAUCUCAGUGCCCCUAAAAUGUACUAUUUUUGUUAAUAUAUACCAAUUUAUGACUUACUUGUAAAGUACUAUUUUUGUUAACAUAUAUUUUAUACCCUU